GCGAUAAAUUUUGAGCGUUCUUCUAUCAUGCAGAAAACGAUGGCGCGAAAUAAGAAACCUAAAACCUUUACCACAUGCUUCAAAGCGAUAAGGUUUUAUGACAUGUUUUGAAAGGUAUUAUUUAUUAUUUAUUGCAGUUACGAACUUGGAUGUAACGCUUUGAAAGGAUCAGCGCCGCUAUUUUCGCCGCUGAAUUGUUGCACUUUUAUAUGGAGUUACGGAGUGCUCAGUUGCUUUGUACUGGUGCGUUUAAUUGUGUGAUUUUCCAUAUUCUCCCGAUUGUUACGAUCUUGUCAAGCUCGGAGGCUGACGUGAAACGUAACAGAUGCGAUUCGCCAGCUUAGCGACCACACACUCGUCCGUCAAACGGCAUACCACAUAUCAUUUUACGCUGCUCGUUGUGCCCUGAUGGAUUUACCGGAAUCUGAUGUCUCAAGCGGAGCAUUACCUAAUAUUUUACUUGAAGAGCAACAAAUUAACCAGGAAAAUUACGAUGUGCAGACAGCCACGAUAAAGGCUUCCGUUGAUGGUGAUACCGUUGAUCGUGCCGCGGAAGUCGUUUACGAGGAACUAGAAAUGGUCACCCUGGUGUCCACAGAGGAUCCUGCUGGGCGCCAUAAGAAUGCCGAACGCCGGGAAUCUGCGGAAAAAGUAUUUGAUUCGGAUUCUGUUUACACAUCCGAGGUCAUCGACGAGGAGCCUGAAUACUAUUCCGUAUCUACAAAUUCCGAAGAAAGCGGGGUGACAUCACCUAUUUAUAAAUACGAGCAAGAGCUGGAUUCUUUGUCGCUGUGCUCCUGUACGUCGGUGCUGGAAGAUAAAGAUGAGACCCUGGUUGCUGAUACUGUUAUGCUCAGCGAAAACAGCAGUAUAUCAGUGAAGGAUGCCUGUUUGAAGGAAAACGAUCAGGAGCUUGUGCAGAAGAAGGUCAUUGUGGAGAAACUUGUACCGUCACCAACAAAACUUUCGAGAUCUGUCAGCAACGACUUUCCAGAAAAAUUUCGAAGGCAUAAUCUUAGACACUCCAUUUUAAAACGCUUCACGAUUUCUUGGAAGCGUGAAUAUGAUCUCCAGUUGGAAACUGACCGGUGCUUUGCAGAAGAAGAAACCAGUCCUGGAGAAGAAUGCACACUGACCGGACCGAUUUGUCCUCCUCCACAGUUACCGGCAGCUUCCCCCAAUAUGAAACGGGAUGAGAUAGUACGACGGCACGUAUUGGGCUCGAUAAUAGAUAGUGAAAAUUCAUACGUGGAUUCCCUACUUCGACUUGUUAGGGACUAUCAAGAACCUUUGAAAGAAUCGGUCCCACCGAUCAUCAGCGCGGGCAAGAUUAACAGCAUUUUCAGCAAAAUACCACAGAUUCUGCAGAUCCACUUGAUGCUGCGGACGGCUUUGAGUAAGCUAAUGAACGAAUGGAAAACGGAAAAGCUAAGCGAACUCGGUGAUGUCUUCGUUGGUUUGUUCUCCAAACCUUAUGUGGCCGAGACAUAUGCUGCAUAUGUUUGUAAUUUUGCCAAUGCCAUCGAAACUAUCAAGAAAAUCUCAAAAGAGCGACCGGUGUUCGCGGAAUUUUUACGGACACGGCAGGAAUCAAGCAAAGAUCGUCUGCCGCUGUUUGGUCUGUUAGUCAAGCCUGUACAAAGGUUUCCGCAGUUUAUUUUAUUGCUCCAGGAUUUAUUAAAGCACACGCCUACCGAUAAUGUGGAUCGGAUUUCGCUGCAACUUGCUCUGACACACUUGGAGACACUGGCUGAUUGCCUAAAUGAACGAAAGCGGGAAUAUGAAGAAGAGAAGUCAGCGAAAGAUGUGCUGAAGUGGGCUAAAAUUCCCGCAGGAUACCGCAACUCAAAUGCCGGUGGACCCGAUGAACUUGUGCGUCGUGUUGUUGCAGAGGAUGAUUUUACCGAGUUGGAACUGAAUGCGUCUGGAGGAAUAUCGCGGACAAAGACCCGGCGUCUGUUUCUUUUAAAUGAUCUUUUGAUCUGCACUGUCCCACGGAACGAGUUAUCCGACAGAUUCAGUCUUCAGUGGAUUGUUAAUAUUGCUGAUAUGCAAGUUAUAGAUGAGAAGCCAGUAAAAUUUUUGGGCUACCAGAUCUCAAACGCCGCUUCCGAAUCAUCGAAACAAGAGCCAACCGGAGAUCACAUAACAAAGCUGUAUUUGGAAAUGGCGGAUUUACGACAAGAUUACGAAGCCGUAAAACGGAUUCACGACAUCGUCGAAGGACUGCGAUAUGAUUAUGUUGAGCUUCGGAGUGGACAAACAAGGAGGCUGCUAAAUGAUAUUCAAAAUACUAUACAAGUUAAAAUGGAAGAGGCUGCGCGCGCCGAUCACUGCACUUUUCAGAUACUCAUUCCUAACGGGAAAAGCAAGAAUCAAAAAAUCCGCUUGAUACUGCAGGCGAGUAAAAGAAAAGACAAGUUGUUAUGGAUUACACUGCUACAUUUAACAAGACUUGCCUAUGAUAAGAAAAAGAAUCCGUGUUGGGAUGACCCUGAUAUCAAAGGGAUAACUCAUCCUUUAUUCUUCUUAUCUAAAACUCUCCACAGUCAAGCUGGACAAAGAAAAUUUAUGUACAAGUGUGGAUGUUACUGUUUUACUGCACCGAAAGAAGAGGCAACGGCCAAAGCUAAAGCGAAACUGCCGGCUAAGCCCGAUGGCUUGGUGUACUUGUGCAGCGGUGACGGAUUGAACUCCCGUGUGAGCAUUUUGUCCAUAGGGCGUUUGCGAAAUUCCACUUUGAAACAACAGGAUGCAACAUCUUCCAUUGAAUUGCUGAGCUUUACUUUAACGCAAACCGAUAUCAGCUGUUGUGAGUGGAUUCCCGGAAUUUACGAGGUGGAUCUCACUGUGUCGGCCAAAGGAUCUCUUGCUCAUGACUCAGUGUGGUUGGGUACAGAAAGUGGAACUGUCAUGGUCUUCCUUGCAUCGGCAAAGGUUUCCUCGUUGGGCUCAUAUUGCUGCGAUGCACCCGUGCGUAGCAUACACUUCUCUUGUGAUAAAGUUUACGUUUCCUUGGCCAACUGCUCAGUUAAAAUAUUCAAAAGAAGCGCAGGCGGCACGUGGGAAUUAAGGCCUGCUGCUACGAUACAAUGCGUGGUAUCGGGAAUUCUUAGUUUCACCGUCGAUUUACCAAACAAAAUCUUAUGCGCUAUCGGUUCAUACGUUUACAUUUUGGAUUGCACAAAUGAUACUAUUGUGGAUAAACAUCAACCGAGAAAGUCUUCCGAAAUCGUCAUAGAAAAGAUGGCGCGAUGCGGCAUUGGCUUAUGGAUUUCUUACAAGAACAGCUCCAUUAUCAGCUUGUUUCACAGUGAAACGUUUAAGCACCUUCAGGAUAUCAAUAUCGCUCCCAAUGUUAACCGUAUCCUUGCGGAAAAAAACUCCGAGCGCUCUGUUCGAGAUCUCUUCGUUACUAGUUUGCUGGCUAUCAGAGGAUCGUUAUGGAUUGGUACUAACUCCGGAUUGGUUGUGCACGUAACGUUGCCGAAACUUGAUGGUGUACCGAUUAGUUUGAGCAGACCAGCGGUGUCCUUACACUCUCACGUGGGUCCAGCUUCUCUGCUUAUGGCAUUACAGCCUAAAACUGUGACCCGCAAGCAGCCAGCUGCUCCAUCCCGCUCAUCACUUGCCGAUGUUGAUCUCCUGGACAGUCAUCCAUUUUCCUGUCGCUUGUCGGCAUCCAGUGGUAAUCAGAUGGUCAAAAUGUGGUUGGACGAAUCUCCUGAUGUGAUAGGAAUGUACGGCGCACUAAUGCGCGGAAGUUUCAGUUCCGAAGAGGACCUCUCAAGUCGGGAAGCUUCCUCUUUGAACAUGCGCCGCCGUCACAGUUUUCCUCACCUACCGGUCGAUGCAGAGUUCCACUCACCGCGUCCCGUGUCUUUUUUGCGCAAUCCCGAGCGGCUUUCCAUGGCGCAGCGGCCCACCGGCCAUCCACAAGGUCGGCCGGUAUCGUUUUCUCCAAUAUCUGAUUGGCACGGAUUCAGCACACCGUCACAGGGCAGCUCAAAAGACAGCGACCAUAUGGAUGGACCAGCUGUUGUCGGUAAAAAAUCUGUGAAGCCAAAGUUCGUCAAAAUGGAAAAGGAUGGCAUACGAAGUAUUUUCGGACCACAGUGGCAUUCCACGUUAAUUGUUAUUUCCGCGGGGUCGGGAUAUCGGAUGUGGAGGGGCAGUUCGGAGAAUGAUCAGAAUGACGGAAGUCUGUGUGUUGUUGGUUGGGAAAUGAAAGUUUGAGUUUGUUGUGAGUUUUAAUUUUGGACCUUUUUAUUGUUUUUAAACCAAAGAAUACUGCCAGCGUGAUUUUAUAAGGUUUCUUUUAGUUAUUGUAGAGACGGCGAUUUGUAUUCCGUCGUUUUACUACCGGUGACUCACGCUGGAUUUCGUUGGCUGCUCGACACAGAGGCUAUUUUUGUGUGCUUGUGAAUUAAUGAAUUUUACCUCGUUUUUAACUGAUUGCUCAAGCGCUGCAUGCUCGCAGAAUGGUGUGUUUUAUAAUGAUUUUCCACUUGAUGUGUACGACACUGUAUGACUGAAUGUUUCGAAUUGACUGUGUGACGGAGCAUAUUAAUAAAUCAUAAAUUACGGAG